UUAAAAAUUGCCUUUCUCUAAGGAAAAAAAAGAAAAUAAUUUUUAAACUCAUUUCCUUGAGACUAAUGAGUGUUUGAUUAUUUAAUAUGUGUAUAUAUAUAGUUAUGAAAUAUGUAAACUUUUUUACAAGUCAUUUUAGUUUUAACUUGACUGUCACUUCAAAUUGUUCCAUCGACAAAUAAGUUGUUUGUUUUUAUAAUAAAAUGAAAAAUCUAUUAUUUUAUAUGAUUUUUAUUUCAAAUAUAAUUUUUAUAUAUUCAUUAAAAAAUGAAUUGGUGAAAAAUAAAGCAAGAUCAAUAUCAUUUGAUACAAGUGAAGGAAAAAUUGAUGUUGAUUUGGAUUUAUCUAUACCAUUUAUAUCAAUACCAUUGAGUCAUUCAAAGGACUCUGAUGCUGAUGUAAAACCACUGGUUAAUAUAAAUCUUAAGUCAAUUGCAUUCGCUGCAAUAUUUGCAGGAAUAACAGCUUUUAUAAUUCCAUUAUUCAUUCAAUCACCAAGCGAAAAUAAAUAUCGUGUUGAUGACAGCUUCGAUCCUUGGGAGAAAAUUCAAUCUUUGAAUGAAUUUAUCCUUGGCAAUAAUAAUGUAACUCCUUGUGUUCAAAGAGCAAUAUGUGAUGCUAUUAACAGAACAAAAUCAUCAGAAAAUAAAUCAUCAAGUGUCAAUGAAAUAAUUGAUGGAAUUUCAAAAAUGAAGUGGAUUAAAAAAAUCAUCAAAGGAACAUCAAUUGAAGAUGCAGUUGAAGUUGGCCAAAGAAAUGAUAACCAGUGCAUGAAAAUUUUUGAUAAAUGCACUAUCUCAGAUGAAUUAUUUCAAUUAAUUUUUGAUGAAUUAGGCUUUAAUUAAUUUUUGAAUAUACUUGUUUGUUUUUAUUGUUAUUUAAAUUUAAUAUUUGUUUUUUUCUUUACUUUUUGUUAUGCAAACUCAAUCUUGAGCAAUUGUUUAAACGCACAAUAGUGUAAAAUAAAUAAAAAAUAAUAUUCAAGUAAUUUUGUUGAUUAUUUUUAA